AAUAGGUAAAUAUGAUUGAUCCUUUUCAUUUUAUGCAUUUUCCGUCAUAUUUUUUCAUGUAUUUUCGGAGUAUGGGACUCUGAAUGAUGUGGGUUGGGGCAGCUUUAGCACCAUCAAAGCUUUUCUGUGGUAAAAUCGUGUAUGGGUAAAGCUCAUAGUAAACAAACAUGUUCCGGUAACUUUUGGAAGGAUUUUCGGUGUAUUUUUUAGUGAUUUAAGGGAUAGAUGUAAUUAUCAUUGAGUUUCGUCGUACCGAUGCUUCGCCAUUUUCCCGUGUGGUUCGGAAAAGCCGCCAUUGUGGUACCAGAAAGCGGACGCUUGGCUUUCCCUUCCCCCACUUUUGGAUGACGUGUAUCCUGUUCUAAAGCUGAUCACGCUUGCGUGGAGCGUUUCGGGCCCCAACCAGGUUGAGCCAAGCCUCUUUCCAUCGCUGGGUUCCUCCAUUUUGAGUUUGUCCUCCAUUUUAUGUGACCACGUUGGCAUCCGGCUAGAACUUGGUCACAGUCUGAUAUAUUAUAGUGAUUUGGGUACGGUUUUAACUUUGAAAAUUUGUAAGCUAGGUCCUGACCUAGUUGAGCCAAUUCUCUUUUAUGCAGAGCUGGGUUUUCCUCCGUUUUGAGUUGGUCCUCUAUUUUAUGUGACCACGCCGGCAUCCUUGUGAUUUCAUAGAUAUUUGGAAAAAUGGAGGACGAUCAGCAGUUCUGCUUGAGGUGGAACAAUCACCAAAGUACUCUAGUAGCGGUCUUUGACACAUUAUUAGAAAAUGGAACGCUAGUAGACUGCACGCUGGCCGCCGAGGGAAAGUUCCUGAAUGCACACAAAGUCGUCUUAUCAGCGUGCAGUCCAUAUUUUGAGGCACUAUUAUCAAAACACUUUGAUAAGCAUCCAAUCCUCAUCCUAAAAGAUGUCAAGUUCCAAGAACUGAAGGCAAUGAUGGACUACAUGUAUAGGGGUGAGGUAAACAUAUCGCAGGACCAAUUAGGCGCAUUAUUAAAAGCAGCAGAAUCUCUGCAAAUAAAAGGCCUGUCAGAUAACAGGAAAGGUGAGACUGAACGAAAACCUGCGCCUGCACCGCCUCCACCAAAAAGUCCUCAACCUGCCUCCACAAUCCCAAAAGUCCAGGGACUAACGAUAGAGCAACGAAGCAGAGAUGACAGCAGGGAGGGAAGCAUGUCACCUGGGCCUCGAAAGAAAAAACGGAUGAGGCGCAAAAGUGAAGAAUUAGAUAACCACCAUGACGCCUCAAACUCAUCCGAAUCUCAUAGCCUGCCUGCCACCCAGAACAUUCCUUUGUUACCCACCUCCAAAAUGAAUGCCGAUGUGCCUGACACCAUAGAGACAAAACAAGAGAUACUCACUGCUAGGUUAAAGCAAAGCAGUGAUGAGGCCCCGCAAGUUCCUAUGAUCAAAGAGAAAUUAGAGACUCAUUCAGAAUUAAUGCUCGAACCAAAGGCUGAAUAUGUGGAGGAAAUGAAUGAAGACAGUAUUGAGGACUUGACUUUGGAUGAUGAUGACUUGAGCAACAUGGAACAAAUGGAUGAUUCAGGAGCUGGACCUAGUCACGGGAAUGCAGGGGAAGGAUCAAGUCAAGGAUUUGGCGGAUGGCAUAUGGGUAAUCAGAGUCAAGAUGAAGUAUUUUUAGCGGCACAAGAGGCUGUUGGUGCUCACAGAGACUCACAAGACCCAUUGCCUUAUAGAUGUCACCGAUGUGGGAGGGGGUAUUCAGUCCAUUAUACUCUUGAAAGACAUCUAAAAUAUGAGUGUGGAGUAGCUCGAAAAUUUUCAUGUCAGGUCUGUUCAAGAAAAUUCUCUAGAAGAGAUAUUUUGAGGAAUCAUGAGAAAAAGUUCAAUCAUAUUGUUGAUCAGACCACUCCUUUGUAUAAUAGUCAAGUAUAAAUGUGCUAAAAGUGCCAAAUGGCCUUGAUUUUUGAGCUAAGUAGACCACUUGUCAUCUUUCCUCAAGAAAAGGUGACACGCGGUUUGGGAAAGGCGGUGGGAUUUUUCAUUCUUUGAAAUAUCAUUUUCAAACUCACAUUUUCCAAAUUGAAAUUAAAUACAUCAAGAAUCAUCCAGUCAUCCUAGGACGUCGUUGAUAUCCAUGUAUUCCUAGUUCCUAUUAAAUCCAUCCCAUGAUCCCUUUUUUCCGUAUUUUCAUUCCACCAUCAAGAAACGAAGAUCCAUGGGGUCAGCUCAUCUUGGUCAAGAGGAACCAUUUAUGAAGAUUUUUGGCGUUCGUACCUCCCUCGAAAGAAGACUUCAAAUAUUGUUUUGAAAUAUGAAAAAAAUCAAUACAUAUAUUUUGAAGAUAUAUUUACUUUUACUGCAUCACCCCUUUUUAUCACCCAUUUAUCAUUUAUGUUGGAAUGUGUUUUAAAUGUUGGGC